UUCUCGCGAGAUUAAAAUUCAAAAUAACGCGGGACGGUUCGAGGAACUUAUCUGUUGAUUCUGACAGACGUUGGCGUCAACAGUUAUUAUAAAAAUGGUUGGAGUCAACAGUUAUUAUAAAAACCUACGUGAGUACGUGACUACAAAGACCUUUCAAUAAGUUACGCUGACUACGGAUCAGCUUCUUUUGCUUAAAGCUGCCUUUGAACACGGUUUUACUGUCAGCUAACGGCUAAGCUGCUGUGUAUACAAAUGGAUCCCACGGAGGAUUUGUCAGCCCGGCUCCUGCUGAAAAACAUCCUCAGCACCGAACCACUGCGGACCCCCAUCACCCGCAGUGUCUCUAAAGCUCAGAGUCCCAGUGGGAAGCGACGCAGCAGCAGACUGAGCAAGAAAGAUGCUGGAGCCCAAACACCGCAGGAAAUCAUGAGGCGCAGCAUGAAGCAUAAAUUGCGUGAGAGCAUAACCAGGAAGUCUUUGCCUGCCACCACGAGUAGGAUGACGACCUCAGGACUGCUGCGAAAGACAACUCCAGGCCUGACGUCAAUGUUGUUUGACGAUGAUGACACACCGAGGCACUUACUCAGGAGAAUUCUGCAAACAGAGCCUGUGAGGUCUCCAGUGGUGCACAACAAAGCUGCAUCAGAGGAGCCUGGGCCCUCCUCAGCCAACUCCAGCAUCUCCAGCAAGUGUUCCAGUAUUGAGCUCUCGGGGCUGGAUCUGCCUGAUUUGACCCUGGGCAACACAGGAACCGUAGCUAAGGGACUGAGCAGGAAGAGACCACGACGAAGCCUUAAUGUGACAGCUUUUGAAAAACGACUCAAACAGUCAAGUGAUUUUCAAGAGGAACAUGAAGAAUCUGCAGAAAACUAUUCAUCACUUUCACUAUCGAGUUCCACUUCUUUGAGUCUAAAAACUCCCUUUGUGGAUGUCCGGAGUGAGAAAAGGGGCCUGCAGAGGAGAGCGUCCAACCGCAGAAAAAUCACAGAGGAAGAAUUUGACGCUGCUGUUAAUAAACAGUGGAUGGGAGGUGAUCAUGUAAAGGGAGUGGAGCUCAACCAUUCAACCUACAGUGAUGGCUUCACUCUGGGCCUGAGUGAACUCUGUGAACCUAAUAUCACGACUGACAUCAUCAACUGUAACACAGCCCUCUACACGCAGUCUGACCCCAUGGCCUCCACCCUUUCCAUUAUGGCAACGCAGGACAAAGAUACAGUGAUGGCUACUCAGCUCCAGAGACAGAUGUCCGAACAGGAACAGAGCAAGUUAGGGAAAGAUGAGACAGAAUUUGUGUUUCCAACUGAAGUUGGAGUCAUGGAAGAGCUUCAGAAUGAACAGUGUGUGUCUGAAGGUCAGUUGGCGGAAGAAGUGGGUACAGCUGGAUCCCAGUCUGAUGAAGAGGAGGCUGAAUCUCAAUCUGUAAAAGGAGAUGGAGAAGACAUAGGUGCAGAUGAUUCUCAGUCUGAGGAAGAUGUUGAGGCUGGGUCUCAAUCUCAGAAGGAGGAGGCUGAACCUCAAUCUGAAAAAGAAGGUGUAGAUGAUUCUCAGUCUGGGGAAUAUAAAGUUAGGUCUCAGUCUGAGGAGGCUGAAACUCAAUCUGAAAAGGAGAUGAAGAAGAAGGUCCAGAUGAUUUUUAAAUCUGGGGAAGAUGUUGAAGCUGGGUCUCAAUCUGAGGAGGCUGAAACUCAAUCUGAAAAAGGAGAUGAAGAAGAAGGUCCAGAUGAUUUUAAAUCUGGGGAAGAUGUUGAAGCUGGGUCUCAAUCUGAGGAGGCUGAAACUCAAUCUGAAAAAGGAUGAAGAAAAUCUGGGGAAGAUGUUGAAGCUGUGUCUCAAUCUGAGGAGGAGGCCGAACCUCAAUCUGAAAAAGAAGAUGCAGAUGAUUCUCAGUCUGGGGAAGAUGAAGUCAGGUCUCAGUCAGAGGAGAAGGAGGAGGCUGAAACUAUAUCUGAAAAAGGUGAUGGAGAAGAAGGUCCAGAUGAUUCUCAAUCUGGGGAAGAUGUUGAAGCUGGGUCUCAGUCUGAGGAAUUGGGUGAUGAUGGAGAGGACUAUCAGCACGACCAAGAGGAUCCAGAUACCAAUUCCCAAUCUGAGAACAAGGAUGUGGCUGAGUCCCGUGAUGAAGAUGAGGAGGGUAAGCGGGCAUCAGAACAGCUGGAGCACAUCAGUCAGAGAGCCCAUCACUCUCAGGGGGGACUCGUCGUGCCUUUUGUCACAGAGAGAGGAAGGUCCAGAGUACACAGUGCUGGCGGUGUGCACUUCAGCUUGGAAGCGGGAGGCCGUGACGGCAGCCCACCACGUAGUGGGACACCUGAUGUGCAAGAGUCUCUAACCUCUGGGACAGAGGCAGUUGACUGUGUUGCAGAUGGAGAAAACAGCUUUCAUCUGGAGAUGACGCAUGAUAUUGAAGAAGGCAGCCACCUCAGUGAUGCUUUGCCUGAAGAAGAAGAAGAAGCUGCUGCUUCUGCUGCUGUGGACCCUGUUGAACAGGAAGAAGAGUGGGAGGAUGAAGAGACUGAGGAAUUCCCCUGCAAGACUCCAGCAUUUGUCAAAGAGAAGAGGAACUUUUUUCUUCGGGAGCAUGAGACCUCACCCUCUGUUCUUAAGAAUAUUCAAACCAGUCGUACAGGUGAAGCUGUACCUGCAGCUAAGCCUAAGAAGGUGCAAAAGAACACGAGACGACCAGCUAAGAAACAAGCCUGCCUUCCUAAGAGCUACCUUAUGAGUGUCUUCAGACACUUUGCAAAAACCAAGGUCUCUCCCGACAUUUACCCUGUCCUACAGGAAACAAUGGAUCAAUUCUUUGAUCGGAUGGCUGAGGACCUGGAGACGUACGCACAUCACGCCAAGAGAAAAACCAUUGAUUAUGAGGAUGUUCUUCUUCUGUUGAAAAGGAUAGGUUACGUGAAUGACAAGGUGCCAGUGGAAGUGCUGAUUGAAAAAUACCUUCGUAUGGAUCAGCGCAGACUCCUGAUCCCCAUUGCAACGAGCGGUAAUGUUGUUGUCCCUAGACAACGCAGAUGAAUAUUCCAUAAAUGUAUUUCUUUUUUGAUUUGUCUUAGUUUAGUGUGUUUAUAAUUUGUACAUAGUGCAAGCUGCUUAUAACUGUUGUACUUACAGUCAGCACAAUUAUGUGUCACCUUUCUUUAUCUCUCCAUGCUCAAAAUAAAGUUUCUUAUUUAAUAUUUCUCUAAUUGGUUUGUGACCAAACAUUUUUUAAACUAUAUUCCCCCUAAUGAAAUGGAUUGUAAAGAAAAGACCAUUCUUCAGAACACUGUGGUUGUUAGAUAUAUAAAAAAAUCUGAAUGGAGUUUGAUUUGAAAAUAUUGUUUAUUGUUGAUGAAUGACUGAGAAAGACUGAGGUGCUUGUUCUCAAUGAAAAACACUUAUAAUCAAAUCUAUGCUGUGUAAAUAAACGAUAUUUUAAGAA